UUUCCAUUUGAGGCCUAAAGAGUGUCAGUGAAGAUCAUUUUUGGAUUUUAAUAUUGUCCUCUGCUUAGGCUCAAGGAGGCAAAUUACCCAAAAACAAGCUGGAUACAAUCUGAGCACUCUUGAUGGUCAUUUCAGCUAAAACCUAGGAAAUAGUUUGACUAUUCCAUCACUUUACAAAGCAUGGCAAAUAUUGAUGGAUAUAACCAACAAAAUUAUCAUGGAUCCUCAUUCAUCUGUGAGAGUGUAUUCAGAUCAUAAAGACCAAAAUUUUGAGAACCGCUGAUUUAAACAGACCCUGGUACAGAGAGACUGGUGUGAGAAAGGCUCCUCAAUGCAGAAGCAAAGACACCAGAGCCAAGAGCCACCUGCAGGAGGGUCGGGCACAGUCCCAGCUCUCAGGCUGCACCAAGUCCUUCAUCCUGUACACGCCCAGUUCUAAUUCCAAUACAUGACUGUCGGAACAAGUCCAUCAGCGUCAAGCCUUUUGGGAUGUAAAGUCUGCACUGGGUUUUAGAUUCUUCUCAGACCAGGAGGAUCCAGAUUAUGCCACCCUCAACUUUCCUCCUGCUGCUGUUUGGGGCCCUGGUCCUGACUGAGACCUGGGCAGGCUCCCACUCCGUAAUAUUCUUGCACACCGCGAUGUCCCGGCCGGGUUCCGGGGAGCCCCGCUUCAUCUGCGUGGGCUACAUGGACGACACGCAGCUCCUGCGGUUUGACAACAACGACCCGAGUCCGAAAAUGGAGGCAACAGUGCCCUGGAUGCAGCUAGAGGGGUCGGAGUAUUGGGAGAGCCAAAAGCGGAUUGUCGAGGGCCACUUACACCUGUCCAGGCUCCGACUGAGCAACCUGCUGAUGUACUACAACCAGAGCAGAACAGGGUCUCACACCUUGCAGGUGAGGGAUGGCUGUGAAGUGGGCCUGGACGGUAGCCUAAGCCGCUUCAAUCAAUUCGCCUACGACGGCGUUGAUUCCCUCACUCUGAUGGAGGAGCUGCGCACCAGGACCAAAGCGGGCAUGGAGGCGCAGACCUGGGAGGAUGAGACCUGGGAGGAAGUCCUCGCCUCGGAAUUCCACACUCCGCGCCUGGAACACAAGUGUGGGCAGUGGCUCCAAGGACACCUGAAGAAAGGGAACCGGACACUGCGUGCAAAACUCCCAAAGACACUCGUGACCCACCACCCCACCUCUGACCAUGAGGUCACCCUGAGGUGCUGGGCCCUGGACUUCUACCCUGCGGACAUCACUCUGACCUGGCAGCGAGAUGGGGAGGACAUGACCCAGGACACGGAGCUGGUAGAGACCCGGCCUGGGGGCAAUGGAACCUUCCAGAAGUGGGCAGCUGUGGAGGUGCCUUCUGGAGAGGAGCAGAGAUACACGUGCCAUGUGCAGCAUGAGGGGCUGCUGGAGCCCCGAGUCCUGAGAUGGGAGCCACCUCCUCAGUCCUCCAUCCCCACCGUGGGCAACAUUGCAGACGUCCUGGUUCCCCUUGGGGCUGUCCUGCUUUUCCUUGGGGCUGUGCUCACUGAAGCUGUGAUUUGGAGGAAGAAGCACUCAGAGAAAACCUCGUAUGAGGUCUGAGAUUUCUUGUCUAACGUCUGCUUGAUACUGAGGUAUGUUCCCACACACAUGCGCUUUCUCAGCUGAGAGCCGGGUUUGCUGACACUUUUUUUGUAAAGCAUGUGAAACUCCUUUGUAUGAAAAAUGAAGGACAAAUAUUUCAACUUGAUGAUUUUGGUCGUGGGGACCUCACUUGAGUAGCUGCAGGUAAAAAGGAAAUGUCCCUGCUAAGGACGGAGGAGGCUGGCACAGCUCCCACACGUGCUUUCUCCUCAUGUUCCCCAAUCUGCUGCAGGAGGCCUUGUAGCCCCGCCAGAUAAAAUACUGGCAAGCAGCGAAGCUCAAAGGGCCUCACACCAUGGGGCCGAAGUUAAAGGGCCUCACACCGUGGGGCUGAAGAUCUAACAUCCCUUCACUUUUUGUUCCUGGUCAUAAAAGGAGAAAAAUUUCCCAAAAAAGUACAUCAGGCACUACAUUAUAUACAUACUGCAAAUAAACGGCACGGAAAAUUAUCUCUUAAAAACUAAUUAUUAGGGCCUCCCCGGUGGCGCAGCGGUUGAGCGCUGGGUUACGAAGCUGCCCGCGGCCUCUGUGGCGCUGGUUCGAUCCCCGGCUGCUCCCCGGCCACCGGAGGAGGGUCCCGCAUGGCGCGCAGACCUCUCCUGCCGCCCGCUGCUCCCCUCAG